CCGGGGCCAGACGGCCCCAGGCCAAGGGGGUCCCCCCAGGCCCUCCGUGUCCCCGCAGCCCCCAGCACCAUGCGGCCCUGCCUGCUCCUCGCCCUGGCCCUGCUGGGCACGGCCUCUGCCCGCCACCUGGCCGCCGGCCCCUCUGAGGUGGCCAAGCCGGAGGAGCUGGAGCUGGAGCCAGAGUCGGAGCUGGAGGCCGAGGCCGAGGCCGAGGAGUGCCCGCUGGAGGCCGAGACGGAGGCGCUGAACAUCACGGAGCCGCAGAGCGCCCGCACCUUCCGCUACAUCAUCGUGCGGCGCUGCCAGAACUUCCACACCGCGCAGCGUGUGUGCUCCCGCUGCUACCGCGGCCGCCUGGCCUCCAUCCACAGCUACCGCACCAACGUCCUGCUGCAGUGCAGGGCUCGCGCCCGCGUCAACAACGGGCGCGUCUGGAUCGGGGCCAUCACCCGGCCCGUGGGCCGCAGCGUGUUCUGCUACUGGUCUGACCGCAGCGGCUGGAACUACGCCUACUGGCUGCACGGCUACCCCCUGCUCACGGGGCGCUUCUGCACCACCCUCUGCACCGCAAAUGGGCGCUGGAGGAGCACGAGGUGCCGGGUGAGGCUGCCCUUCAUCUGCGAGUACUGAGGGCGCUGUCCCAAUAAACCAGAGUCCUGGAGCCGUCGCCCGGACGCCCCCCGGCUCAGUGCCCCGCCGGGCACCCCUUGCCCACCCCGCAGCACAGGCUGCGCCCCCAGCCCAGCUCCCAGUAAAGCCUCAGCUGCUGGCAUCACUGCUCACGCCUGGCC